CAGUAUCCUGGAGUGAACCAGCUGUCCUCUAGUCUAGGAGGAUUGAGUCUUCAGAGUUCUCCACAACCAGAAAGUUUAAGACCUAUAAACCUUACCCAAGAGAGGAAUAUUUUGCCCAUGACACCGGUUUGGGCUCCUGUACCUAACUUGAAUGUAGAACUCAGAAAAUUAAAUUGUAGCCCAGAAUGGAAAUGCAAUUUGUGCUACAGAGUUAAUGAUGUUCCUGAAGAAUUUAUGUAUAAUCCCCUCACUCGAUCAUAUGGUGAACCUCAUAAACGACCAGAAGUUCAGAAUUCAACUGUGGAGUUCAUUGUUGUUCAGCACCUUGGCCCUGCAACUGAUUUUUAUAAGAAACUUGCUUUAGAUUGCUCAGGACAGCAGACUGCAGUGGAUCUGUUCCUUUUAAGUUCACAGUAUUCUGACCUGGCUUCUCUAGCUUGUAUCUCCAAGUAUUCUGCAGGAUGUAUUUAUUAUUAUCCAUCUUUCCAUUGUACUCACAAUCCUUCACAAGCGGAAAAGUUACAAAAAGAUUUAAAACGUUACCUCACAAGAAAAAUUGGAUUUGAAGCUGUUAUGAGAAUAAGGUGUACUAAAGGUCUUUCAAUGCAUACUUUUCAUGGAAACCUUUUUGUUCGUUCUACUGAUCUGUUGUCCCUGGCCAACAUCAAUCCUGAUGCAGGAUUUGCAGUGCAGCUGUCAAUUGAAGAAAGUUUGACAGAUACUUCUUUAGUGUGCUUUCAGACAGCCCUAUUAUAUACAUCAAGUAAAGGUGAGCGGAGGAUUAGAGUACACACACUUUGUUUACCAGUGGUAAGUUCACUAGCAGAUAUAUAUGCAGGAGUGGAUGUACAAGCCGCAGUCUGCCUUCUAGCAAAUAUGGCUGUGGAUCGAUCUAUUUCAUCAAGUCUAUCAGAUGCAAGAGAUGCCUUAGUGAAUGCAGUGGUGGAUUCCUUAUCUGCGUAUGGCUCAACUCUCUCAAACUUGCAGCACACUGUGUUGAUAGCACCUAGUUCCCUCAGAUUGUUUCCUCUCUAUGUUUUGGCUCUUCUCAAACAGAAAGCAUUUAGAACUGGUACAAGUACCCGCCUUGAUGAUCGUGUGUAUGCCAUGUGCCAGAUAAAGUCCCAGCCACUUGUUCAUCUA